GGAUACAGAUGAUCGCAAGUGUUGCACGAAUUCACAGGAUGAGAUGCCGCCACAGAGCAAGAAAAAGCUACGGAAGGAAGUCCAUAAGAUUCUAUCUCCUAGCGAUCUAAGAACAUUGCAAUGGCUUACGGAGAAAACUCCAAUCCAGGAGAAGACUAAGGUUCAGAAAACACAUCACAGAUCUGUCCUAGUGCAGCGGUCCAGUAAUCCUGACAAGAUUAUACAUUCGCAUGCGAAUCCUCACACUGAUACCCAGGCAGAGGAUGAUCAGAAUCGGCAGAGCACCUCCAAAAUGAUGCAGAAAAAUCUGCAGAAAGAAUACCAGAAACCCCCUAAGAAAGAUCCACAUGAGGAUCCUCUUCAGAAGGCGACUCAUGAUCAGUUCAAGCAGAAGUCACCAGAGGAAUAUCGAGAGUCUGCGUAUCAUAAUUCUAUAAAGAAGCAUUCGCAUGAGAAUCCUCACACGGAAACCCAGAUAGAGGACGAUCAAGAUCAGCUCAAGCAUAAACCUUCGGAGGAGUAUCGAGUGUCUACGUAUCAUAAUUCUAUAAAGAAGCACUCGCAUGAGAAUCCUCCCACGGAAACCCAGACAGAGGAUGAUCAGAAUCGCCAGAGUACCUCCAAGAUGAUGCAGAAAAAUCUGCAGAAAUUAUACCAGAAACACCCUAAGAAGGAUCCGUAUGAGGAUCAUCCUAAGAAGCCGUGUCAAGAUCAGAUCAAUCAGAAGCCACCGGAGGAGUAUCGAGUGUCUGCGUAUCAUAAUUCUAUAAAGAAGCACUCGCAUGAGAAUCUUCCCACGGAAACCCAGACAGAGGAUGAUCAGAAUCGCCAGAGUACCUCCAAGACGAUGCAGAAAAAUCUGCAGAAAGUAUACCAGAAACACCCUAAGAAGGAUCCGUAUGAGGAUCAUCCUAAGAAGCCGUGUCAAGAUCAGAUCAAUCAGAAGCCACCGGAGGAGUAUCGAGUGUCUGCGUAUCAUAAUUCUAUAAAGAAGCACUCGCAUGAGAAUCGUCCCACGGAAGCCCAGACAGAGGAUGAUCAGAAUCGCCAGAGUACCUCCAAGAUGAUGCAGAAAAAUCUGCAGAAAUUAUACCAGAAACACCCUAAGAAGGAUCCGUAUGAGGAUCAUCCUAAGAAGCCGUGUCAAGAUCAGAUCAAUCAGAAGCCACCGGAGGAGUAUCGAGUGUCUGCGUAUCAUAAUUCUAUAAAGAAGCACUCGCAUGAGAAUCUUCCCACGGAAACCCAGACAGAGGAUGAUCAGAAUCGCCAGAGUACCUCCAAGAUGAUGCAGAAAAAUCUGCAGAAAUUAUACCAGAAACACCCUAAGAAGGAUCCGUAUGAGGAUCAUCCUAAGAAGCCGUGUCAAGAUCAGAUCAAUCAGAAGCCACCGGAGGAGUAUCGAGUGUCUGCGUAUCAUAAUUCUAUAAAGAAGCACUCGCAUGAGAAUCGUCCCACGGAAGCCCAGACAGAGGAUGAUCAGAAUCGCCAGAGUACCUCCAAGAUGAUGCAGAAAAAUCUGCAGAAAUUAUACCAGAAACACCCUAAGAAGGAUCCGUAUGAGGAUCAUCCUAAGAAGCCGUGUCAAGAUCAGAUCAAUCAGAAGCCACCGGAGGAGUAUCGAGUGUCUGCGUAUCAUAAUUCUAUAAAGAAGCACUCGCAUGAGAAUCUUCCCACGGAAACCCAGACAGAGGAUGAUCAGAAUCGCCAGAGUACCUCCAAGACGAUGCAGAAAAAUCUGCAGAAAGUAUACCAGAAACCCCCUAAGAAGGAUCCGUAUGAGGAUCAUACUCAGAAGCCGUGUCAAGAUCAGCUCAAGCAUAAACCAUCGGAGGAGUAUCGGGUGUCUCUGAAUCAUAAAUCUACAAAGAAGAAUUAUCCUGAAAGCCCUCAGAAUAUGCAGAAGUCAUCUAAUGAGCAGCCUCAUAAAAAUCCAGACAAUAUUAUGCAGAAAAAUCUGCAGACCGAAUACCAGAAACCCCCUAAGAAGGAUCCGUAUGAGGAUCAUCCUCAGAAGCCGUGUCAAGAUCAGAUCAAUCAGAAGCCACCAGAGGAGUAUCGACUGUCUGCGUAUUAUAAUUCUAUAAAGAAGCACUCGCAUGAGAAUCCUCCCACGAAAACCCAGAUAGAGGACGAUCAGAAUCGCCAGAGUACCUCCAAGAUGAUGCAGAAAAAUCCGCAGAAAGUAUACCAGAAACCCCCUAAGAAGGAUCCGUCUGAGGAUCAUACUCAGAAGCCGUGUCAAGAUCAGCUUAAGCAGAAACCAUCGGAGGAGUAUCGGGUGUCUGCGUAUCAUAAUUCUAUAAAGAAGCACUCGCAUGAGAAUCUUCCCACGGAAACCCAGACAGAGGAUGAUCAGAAUCGCCAGAGUACCUCCAAGACGAUGCAGAAAAAUCUGCAGAAAGUAUACCAGAAACCCCCUAAGAAGGAUCCGUAUGAGGAUCAUACUCAGAAGCCGUGUCAAGAUCAGCUCAAGCAUAAACCAUCGGAGGAGUAUCGGGUGUCUCUGAAUCAUAAAUCUACAAAGAAGAAUUAUCCUGAAAGGCCCCAGAAUAUGCAAAAGUCCUUACAACAGUCAUCUGAUGAGCAGCCCCCUAAAAAUCCAGACAAUAUUAUGCAGCAAUAUCUGCAGACGGAAUACCAGAAACCCCUUAAGAAGGAUCCGUAUGAGGAUCAUCCUCAGAAGCCGUGUCAAGAUCAGAUCAAUCAGAAGCCACCGGAGGAGUAUCGACUGUUUGCGUAUUAUAAUUCUAUAAAGAAGCACUCGCAUGAGAAUCCUCCCACGGAAACCCAGAUAGAGGACGAUCAGAAUCGCCAGAGUACCUCCAAGAUGAUGCAGAAAAAUCUGCGGAAAGUAUACCAGAAACCUCCUAAGAAGGAUCCGUAUGAGGAUCAUACUCAGAAGCCGUGUCAAGAUCAGCUCAAGCCGAAACCAUCGGAGGAGUAUCGGGUGUCUCUGAAUCAUAAAUCUACAAAGAAGAGUUAUCCUGAAAGCCCUCAGAAUAUGCAGCAGUCCUUGCAACAGUCAUCUAAUGAGCAGCCUCAUAAAAAUCCAGACAAUAUUAGGCAGAAAAAUCUGCAGACGGAAUACCAGAAACCCCCUAAGAAGGAUCCGUAUGAGGAUCAUACUCAGAAGCCGUGUCAAGAUCAGCUCAAGCAGAAACCAUCAGAGGAGUAUCGGGUGUCUCUGAAUCAUAAAUCUACAAAGAAGAAUUAUCCUGAAAGCCCUCAGAAUAUGCAGAAGUCAUCUAAUGAGCAGCCUCAUAAAAAUCCAGACAAUAUUAUGCAGAAAAAUCUGCAGACGGAAUACCAGAAACCCCCUAAGAAGGAUCCGUAUGAGGAUCAUCCUCAGAAGCCGUGUCAAGAUCAGAUCAAUCAGAAGCCACCGGAGGAGUAUCGACUGUCUGCGUAUUAUAAUUCUAUAAAGAAGCACUCGCAUGAGAAUCCUCCCACGGAAACCCAGACAGAGGAUGAUCAGAAUCGCCAGAGUACCUCCAAGACGAUGCAGAAAAAUCUGCAGAAAGUAUACCAGAAACCCCCUAAGAAGGAUCCGUAUGAGGAUCAUACUCAGAAGCCGUGUCAAGAUCAGCUCAAGCCGAAACCAUCGGAGGAGUAUCGGGUGUCUCUGAAUCAUAAAUCUACAAAGAAGAGUUAUCCUGAAAGCCCUCAGAAUAUGCAGCAGUCCUUGCAACAGUCAUCUAAUGAGCAGCCUCAUAAAAAUCCAGACAAUAUUAGGCAGAAAAAUCUGCAGACGGAAUACCAGAAACCCCCUAAGAAGGAUCCGUAUGAGGAUCAUACUCAGAAGCCGUGUCAAGAUCAGCUCAAGCAGAAACCAUCAGAGGAGUAUCGGGUGUCUCUGAAUCAUAAAUCUACAAAGAAGAAUUAUCCUGAAAGCCCUCAGAAUAUGCAGAAGUCAUCUAAUGAGCAGCCUCAUAAAAAUGCAGACAAUAUUAUGCAGAAAAAUCUGCAGACGGAAUUCCAGAAACCCCCUAAGAAGGAUCCGUAUGAGGAUCAUCCUCAGAAGCCGUGUCAAGAUCAGAUCAAUCAGAAGCCACCGGAGGAGUAUCGACUGUCCGCGUAUUAUAAUUCUAUAAAGAAGCACUCGCAUGAGAAUCCUCCCACGGAAACCCAGAUAGAGGACGAUCAGAAUCGCCAGAGUACCUCAAAGAUGAUGCAGAAAAAUCUGCGGAAAGUAUACCAGAAACCUCCUAAGAAGGAUCCGUAUGAGGAUCAUCCUAAGAAGCCGUGUCAAGAUCAGCUCAAGCAGAAACCAUCGGAGGAGUAUCGGGUGUCUCUGAAUCAUAAAUCUACAAAGAAGAAUUAUCCUGAAAGCCCUCAGAAUGUGCAGCAGUCCUUACAACAGUCAUCUAAUGAGCAACAGUCGCAUUCGAAUCAAUCACAGAAGCAGCGUUUCUCGAAUGCUCCUCAGGAGCAGGCACAGCUUAAUCUACGCGCGAAUAAAUGGAUUCAUAGCGAAAGCAGCUCAAAAACUACAGUCGUCCCAGUGACAGGUUCUCGGUACAAUGUCCGCCUGGUACCGGAAAGCCCAGAGUUAGCCAAAGAGAAUGCUAUCGACGUACUUUAUAGGAGCGGGGACCAUCUCCAACCAUCAUUCAUGGUCGAUAAAACCAAGGAACAUUUUCCAGAUUCUGCAGUUGAACUGAAUAAGAAUACAUCGGAUAAUCACAUGGAAUGCGAGUGUUGCGAAAAGGAGAACCCCGAGAUGGGAUCCAAAUACAAGCUGUUCAGAGACGAGAAUCAGAUGCCUGGUACGGAGACCAAUUCCUCUAGAUCGAAUCAAAUCAGUGUGAGGGACGGGAACGAGCUGCUUUCCUUGGUCCGCAACGAGAUAGAAUUGCAAUCGGUUUUUAUGAAAUUUACUGAUGAUCUGGUGUUGCAUGCAAAGAAGAUGGGCUUUUUGGCUCAGGAUCAUCCUCAGAAGCCGUGUCAAGAUCAGUUCAAGCAGCAGUCGCAGGAAGAGUGUAAGGAGUCAUUCUUUUGCAAUUCUUCUAAACAACAGUCGCAUUCGAAUCAAUCACAGAAGCAGAGUUUCUCGAAUGCUCCUCAGGAGCUGUCUGCUAACAAAUCGGACACCUUGAGUAUGAAGAAGAAAGCCCAGGAGAAUGUGCUUCAGGGGAUAAUAGAUCAAAGAGUGAAUUCGAAGGUCAUCAGUCCCAUGGUUGACAAGAUUCAAAAACAGUAUAUUCAAAAUCUACGACACGAGAUCUCUCUGGUGGAUUAUUUGGAGCGGGUGCCGGUUCUCGUCAGUGAGGUUUGCAAGGGAGCAGUUUAUUUGGAAGAGAGCAAUGUUUCAAAAUAACUCCAGACCUUUUUUAAUUAUUACGACCUUUGCUUUAUAUAUUUUCUAAGCGUUUCUUAAAAA